GAAAUCCUCUCUGUACUCCCCAGCAAAUUCGGUAACGCCAAUGGGUUUCCAAGCCACGUAGAGCGACCAGAGGCGGCGUCGGAUUCCAAGCCCAACCCUUAUCCAAAUUUAAUCUAUUCUCUCAAUUCCAUGUGUGCCACUGCAUGCUCUCCUGUUUUUCCCAAAAACCCCUAAUUCACUCUUUUUCCUUUUGAAGCCUAUAAAAAUUGCAAAAAUCAGCAUUUGGGUUGUGUCCCUAUUUGCAUUUCCUCGUGUUGCCUGAGCAAUCUCUAGGGUUUUUUCAACGUGGGUUUUCUGGGGUUUAAAGCAAUGGCGGCUUCAUCUUUUUCUCAGGUGUUUCAAGAAGAGCUCAAAGAUGCUGGGGAAAGGCUCCUUACGCCCCCAGCUUCCACUCCUGAGCUCCUGAUCCUUCUUGAUAAAGUAGAGCUUCUUUUAUCAAGGGUGGAGCAAGCUCCGUCCAAACGAACCUAUGAUGCUCUAUUACCCCUAAUGAAAGCGCUGAUUGCUCCGGAUCUAUUGAGGCAUUCAGAAAUCGAUGUGAAGGUUUCCGUUGCUUCCUGCAUCAAUGAAAUAACAAGAGUAACAGCACCUGAUGCGCCUUACGACGACAAACAAAUGCAGGAAAUUUUUGAACUUUCAGUAAUGGCGCUUGGAAAAUUGUCACUUGCUUCUGGUCGCUGCUAUACAAAGGCUGUAUCUAUUCUGCACAAUAUUGCAGCAGUCAGAUCAUGCUUGGUGAUGCUCGACCUUGAGUUUGAUGAGUUAAUUGUUGAGAUGUUUCAACUGUUUCUCAAUACUAUUAGGUCCGACCAUCCCCAGUCUGUAUUCUCAGAUAUAGAGAUGAUUAUGUCAUUAGUCUUAGAAGAAACCGAGGAAAUUCCUUUGGAACUUAUCAUUCCGCUGCUAAGAAGUGUGAAAAAGGGAAAUCAGAAUAUUUCGCCUACUUCUUGGAAACUGGGAGAAAAUGUUCUAAACAAGUGUGCUGAUAAACUUAGACCCUAUCUCCCACCAGCAGUACAAUUCAUGGGCUUCGAUGUUGGUGAUUUUGCUGAAAUAGUCUUUUCAAUUUGCCAGGAUGCAUCUAGAAGCGAACAUUUGAAUGGACUUCCAAUUUCUGCUACCGGACCAUCUAGCAGUGAUGAUAGUCAAUUGAAAAAGGCCUCUCAAACAAAAGGCAAGAGGAAGCGUAUUCCAGAGAAGGAAGAGGUUCCUGAAAUGGCUAAUGGUAUGGAAAAUCAUGGUGAAGAAUUGGUUGGUUGCCAGAUAAAAGUUUGGUGGCCAUUAGACCGAAGGUUCUAUGAAGGCGCUAUUUCCUCAUUUGACCCCAUCAAAAAGAAGCACAAGGUUUUAUAUGCCGAUGGUGACGAAGAAAUGUUGGAUCUCAGCACCGAACGUUGGAUGUUUGUUAGUAAAAGCAACGUCAGUGAACAAGACCAAGGGAAUGAUCUUCCAAGUUCCAAUGUGUUAUCUGAUACGAAGAUGGAUUCUGUGGAUGCUAGUUCGUUGCCCUCGCCAUCCCAUGAAAUGGACGCACACAAUCCUCUUUGGAAUUACGUUACAAUAGUAGAAAAGAAAAGCGACGGAGGGGGAAACGUUACAUGGCAGUGCAAUUUUUGUAAGGUUAUUAAAAGGGGCUCUUACACCAGGGUUCGAGGUCAUUUGUUGAAUUCUCCUUCUGCUGGGGUUAGACCUUGUGAGAAAGUUACUAGCAAAGACGUUGCGACUAUGCGGAGAUUGGAGGAUAAUAAAGCUAAAGGGAGAAAAAAUAGGAAAACAGAUUCUGCAGAUGCUAGUUCUGUGCCCUCUCCUUCGGACGUAGUAGACACAAAGAAUCCAUCCGACGACGAGGACACGAAGAAUCCAUCCAACGAAGUGGACACAAAGAAUCCAUACAAUGAAGGGGACACAAGCAAUCCUCUUUGGAGGUACGUUACGAGAUUAGAAAAGCGAAGACACGGAGGGGGAAAUGUUACUUGGCGUUGCAAUUUUUGCAAUGUUGUUAAAAAGGGCUCUUACACCAGAGUUAGAGGUCAUUUGUUGAAUUGGCAGUCUGCUGGGGUUAAACCUUGUGAGAAAGUUACGCACGAAGAUAUUGCAACCAUGCAAAGAUUGGAAAAUGAAGCUGUAGGGAGAAGGAAGUGAAUUACCUCUUUGCUCCCUUCUUGCGGGUUAUCGAGUCCCUAGAGUAGUUUUAUUGUAGAAGGUUUUCAUCCAAAAAGAAAAAAAUAUAUAUGAAAAGGCAAAAGAAGUACAAGUAGCCGAAUAUUUUUUGACAACUCAGGUAUCCGGAUGAGCUUAAUAGCUUACAUAUACCUCGGCUAAUCCUUAGCAUACCAAUACAAGUCGAGUCCAUAUGUACAUACGUCAUUGAUGGACUAUCUUUUUGGGUUUUUGUGUAGUUGCCCUUUGGAGUUCAUAAUUUUUUGUCGGACAAUCAUUUUGUUGUGUGAUCUAUUGCUGAGUAAAA